GGCGCGCAGAGGACGCGAGAACCCUCCAGCUCUCACACUGCGAGGGGCUGAGGUGCGGCGAGAGGGGCGCCGUGCUGGACCCAAGUCGCCCAAGCCCGCUCCCUCAGCGGCCCCACCGCUACCCGCGCGCCCACCCCUUCGGCGGCUCUGCCGGAAGUCCCGCCUGCGCCCGCCGCGGCCGCCCCCCAUUGGGCCCGGCGCCGGGGUCUCGCCGCGGGUUGGCCGUCCGGCGGCGUGAGCCCUGGGAGGCCUCUGCGAGCCACUGCUGGGGGACCCUCUGGAGACCCGCUCAGAAGCGGGGUUGCCGCGGGAGGCGGAGCGGGGAGCGCCGGGGCUACCGGCGGGACUUCCGCCACGGGACCCGGAAGGGGCCGCGCCGCCGCUGGUGGGAGUUGUAGUCCGGCCGUGGUUGGGGGGGCCCGCGGCUCAUGCGCGGUGCACCGAGGCUUGUUUCACAUCUGUAACAACAGGAGGAGGCCCAGCCUCGUGAUGAGGAAUAGCAAGGAGAGAAUUCAGCUCCAGUUCAAAAGCCUACAAAAUCUGAGACUGUCACUGCUCUUGUAAGUUUCCUCUCUGAGCUACCAUAUCCUAUCGGCUGAAAUUUCCGGCAUCCCUGGGGGAGAGGAGGCCAUCAGGGCAGACCUGCUAUGGACCUGAAAGAUUCGGCCCCAGGAUUCCAGCUUUCCCUCCUGGCCAGAAAUGUUCAGCCUGGACUCAUUCAGAAAAGAUCGGGCCCAGCACAGGCAGCGUCAGUGCAAACUUCCCCCACCCCGCCUUCCACCCAUGUGUGUCAACCCUGCCCCUGGAGGGACCAUCUCUCGAGGCUGAACGUUAACAUUUCCAACAUGGCAGCUUUCAGAAACCACAGUUUUCAAAAUUUGGCCUCAGCCCCUAAUGCCAUGACCAGUCUUGCUUCUAGGGACCUAUUAAAAGAGUUCCCACAGCCCAAAAACCUUCUCAACAGUGUAAUUGGAAGAGCCCUCGGCAUCUCACAUGCAAAAGACAAAUUGGUCUACGUGCACACGAAUGGACCGAAGAAAAAGAAAGUCACCCUCCACAUAAAGUGGCCCAAGAGCGUGGAGGUAGAAGGCUAUGGCAGCAAGAAGAUCGACGCUGAGCGACAGGCUGCGGCCGCGGCCUGCCAGCUGUUCAAGGGCUGGGGCCUGCUGGGUCCCCGAAACGAGCUGUUUGAUGCAGCCAAAUAUCGUGUGCUAGCCGAUCGCUUUGGCUCUCCGGCUGACAGCUGGUGGCGCCCAGAACCCACCAUGCCACCUACUUCCUGGCGGCAGCUGAAUCCCGAGAGCAUCCGGCCAGGGGGACCUGGGGGCCUGUCCCGCUCCUUGGGCCGGGAGGAAGAGGAGGAUGAGGAGGAAGAGCUAGAAGAGGGGACCAUUGAUGUCACCGACUUCCUGUCCAUGGCCCAGCAGGACUCCCACACCCCACUCAGGGACUCGAGGGGGGGUUCCUUUGAAAUGACAGACGACGACAGUGCUAUUAGGGCUCUGACCCAGUUUCCACUUCCCAAGAACCUUCUGGCCAAAGUGAUUCAGAUAGCAACAUCGUCCUCCACAGCUAAGAACCUCAUGCAGUUUCAUACUGUGGGCACCAAGACCAAGCUGUCUACCCUCACUCUGCUUUGGCCCUGUCCUAUGACCUUUGUCGCCAAAGGGCGCCGCAAAGCGGAGGCUGAGAAUAAGGCAGCAGCCCUGGCCUGCAAGAAACUGAAGAGCCUGGGCCUGGUGGACCGCAACAACGAGCCGCUCACCCACGCCAUGUAUAACCUGGCCUCCUUGCGUGAGCUGGGUGAGACCCAGCGCCGGCCGUGUACCAUCCAGGUGCCUGAGCCCAUCCUCCGCAAGAUAGAAACCUUCCUGAACCAUUACCCUGUGGAUAGUUCAUGGAUCACCCCAGAACUCCGGCUGCAGAGUGAUGACGUCUUGCCCUUGGGCAAGGACUCGGGGCCCCUGAGUGACCCUAUCACAGGCAAGCCCUACGUGCCCCUGUCAGAAGCAGAGGAGGUCCGUCUGAGCCAGAACUUGCUGGAGCUGUGGCGGCGGCGAGGGCCAGUCUGGCAGGAGGCCCCCCAGCUCCCUGUGGACCCGCAUCGGGACACAAUCCUCAAUGCCAUUGAGCAGCACCCGGUGGUGGUCAUCUCUGGGGACACGGGCUGCGGAAAGACCACACGCAUCCCCCAGCUGCUGCUAGAGCGCUAUGUGACCGAGGGCCGCGGUGCCCGCUGCAACGUGAUCAUCACCCAGCCGCGCCGCAUCUCCGCUGUGUCGGUGGCACAGCGGGUCAGCCACGAACUGGGCCCCUCUCUGCGCCGGAACGUGGGCUUCCAGGUGCGGUUGGAAAGCAAGCCCCCGGCCCGAGGCGGGGCCUUGCUCUUCUGCACCGUGGGCAUCCUGCUGCGGAAGCUGCAGAGCAACCCCAGCCUGGAGGGCGUGAGCCAUGUCAUCGUGGACGAGGUCCAUGAGCGGGACGUGAAUACAGACUUCCUGCUUAUUUUGCUCAAGGGCCUGCAGCGGCUCAACCCGGCCCUGCGGCUGGUGCUCAUGAGCGCCACGGGCGAUAACGAGCGCUUCUCCCGCUACUUUGGUGGCUGCCCUGUCAUCAAGGUGCCAGGCUUCAUGUACCCCGUCAAGGAGCACUACCUGGAGGACAUUCUGGCCAAGCUGGGCAAGCACCAGUACCCGCACCGGCACCGGCACCACGAGUCUGAGGAUGAAUGUGCACUUGACUUGGACCUCGUGACGGACCUGGUUCUGCACAUUGAUGCCCGAGGGGAACCAGGUGGGAUCCUCUGCUUCCUGCCUGGGUGGCAGGAGAUCAAAGGAGUGCAGCAACGCCUUCAGGAGGCCCUGGGCAUGCACGAGAGCAAGUACCUGAUCCUGCCAGUGCACUCCAACAUCCCCAUGAUGGACCAGAAGGCCAUAUUUCAGCAGCCGCCAGUUGGGGUGCGCAAGAUCGUCUUGGCCACCAAUAUCGCGGAGACCUCAAUUACAGUCAAUGACAUUGUGCACGUGGUGGACAGCGGUCUGCACAAGGAGGAACGCUAUGACCUGAAGACCAAGGUGUCCUGCCUGGAGACUGUGUGGGUGUCACGAGCCAAUGUGAUCCAGCGCCGGGGCCGGGCAGGCCGCUGCCAGUCAGGCUUUGCCUACCACCUAUUCCCACGGAGCCGGCUGGAGAAAAUGGUCCCUUUCCAAGUGCCGGAGAUUCUGCGCACGCCCCUUGAGAACCUGGUGCUACAAGCCAAAAUCCACAUGCCCGAGAAGACGGCAGUGGAAUUCCUUUCCAAGGCUGUGGACAGUCCGAACAUUAAGGCAGUGGAUGAGGCCGUAAUCUUGCUCCAGGAGAUCGGAGUGCUGGACCAGCGGGAGUACCUGACCACCCUGGGGCAGCGCCUGGCCCAUAUCUCCACCGACCCCCGGCUGGCCAAGGCCAUAGUGCUGGCUGCCAUCUUCCGCUGCCUGCACCCACUGCUGGUGGUCGUUUCCUGCCUCACCCGGGACCCCUUCAGCAGUAGCCUGCAGAACCGGGCGGAGGUGGACAAGGUGAAGGCGCUGUUGAGCCACGACAGUGGCAGCGACCACCUGGCCUUCGUGCGGGCCGUGGCCGGCUGGGAGGAGGUGCUGCGCUGGCAGGACCGCAGCUCCCGGGAGAACUACCUGGAGGAGAACCUGCUGUACGCACCCAGCCUGCGCUUCAUCCACGGUCAGUGGGCUUCACCCCGUCUCCAGCCCCUCCCGGCCCACACCCCCCUGGCUGAGGCACCACGGAGCGUGUCGUCCCCCAGCCUCGUGGCUUCGGGGGCCGCAGGCUCACCCGCCCCCAACUCCCCAGGACUCAUCAAGCAGUUCUCAGAGAACAUUUAUGAGGCUUUCCUGGUGGGAAAGCCCUCGGACUGCACCCUGGCUUCUGCCCAGUGCAACGAGUACAGUGAGGAGGAGGAGCUGGUGAAGGGCGUACUGAUGGCCGGCCUCUACCCCAACCUCAUCCAGGUGAGGCAGGGCAAGGUGACCCGGCAGGGCAAGUUCAAGCCCAACAGCGUCACAUACAGGACCAAAUCAGGCAACAUCUUGCUGCAUAAGUCGACCAUCAACAGGGAGGCCACGCGGCUCCGGAGCCGAUGGCUGACGUACUUCAUGGCCGUCAAGUCCAAUGGCAGCGUCUUCGUCCGGGACUCCUCCCAGGUGCACCCGCUGGCCGUGCUGCUGCUGACAGACGGGGACGUCCACAUACGUGAUGAUGGGCGCCGGGCCACCAUCUCCCUGAGUGACAGUGACCUGCUGAGGCUGGAGGGGGAUUCCCGCACCGUGCGGCUGCUGAGGGAGCUGCGCCGGGCCCUGGGCCGCAUGGUGGAGCGGAGCCUGCGCAGUGAGCUGGCCGCACUCCCGCCCGGCGUGCAGCAGGAGCACGGGCAGCUGCUCGCCCUGCUGGCGGAGCUGUUGCGUGGGCCCUGUGGCAGCUUUGACGUGCGCAAGACAGCCGAUGACUGAGCCCCGUGUCUGCUGGGGCUGUGUACAGAGUGCAAAUGUUUAUUUAAAAUAAAGUUCUAUUUAUCCCUUGUGA